AUGGCAACUGCAGGUGUUCACAUAUUCAGAUGUCGCGCUGGUGUUGGUGGAUCCAAAUGCGAUCACUGCCUCCCUGGUUUCUGGGGUCUGCACCUUAUCGCAGCCGGUGCACAGUCAUGCAAACCAUGCGGCUGUUCGGCUUUCGGUUCUUCUCGCCCUGACUGUGAGCAAUCCACUGGAAGAUGUGAGUGUUCUCGAGGUGCUCUUGGGAAGAGAUGUGACCGAUGUGUGGACGAUUACGUGAUGACUGCUUCUGGAUGCGUAGAGAAGGAGGAGUUCCGUGCACCG